AUGGCUAGCCGCAUAAUCAAGCUCACAGUCCUCGCAUUGGCCGUCGCCUCGUUCGUCAACGCUCAGGCGCUUAAUGUGACAAGCGAAGGCUUGAAACUGCAAGUCCGCGGCACGACGCCAGAGGACUGCGACGAGUCAAAGAUGCCCACCGUUGCACCUGCAUCCGGCCAUGGCAAAGUACCGCUGACGCCGGUCCAUGGCUCAGUACCUCACAAGUCAUCCGAGCACAUACCGAUGCCGCAUGUCCCUACUAAGCCGAAGUGGCAACCCGAGUCUGCUCCUCAUCACGAGCCGGCUAUCGCUCAUAGUCCGAUGCCGAAGGCCGUCCACAAGCCAGCUUCAGCGCCCAUUCACAAGCCAGCUUCAGUGCACAUGCCCGCCCACAAGCCUCUGCCACAGAUCGCGCCUGCACCUGCGAAGAAGCCGCACCACAUGGCGCCCAGAGAAGCACACCACACUCACAAGGUGCACAAGCCCGCGCAUCAAUCAUCCAAGCCUCAUGUGCCUCUUCCUCUGCCGAGCCACAUUCCCGGUCACAAGAAUGCAUGCGACAUGCCCAUGCACUGCCCUCAACGCGUUCCUGCUCACGCUAUGCCAGUCUGCAACAAGGACAACGACGGCUGUGGCUCUUGUGGCUGGAAAUGCUCAACUGGCUACAAACGCGUCGGCAAUGCUUGCAAGGCGGUCAGCCCGGAGUGCGCAGACUCUUGUGGACCCAAGAUGGUCACCUGCCCUCGGCCUUAUGGUCAUAUGGGCAAGCCUGUCUGCGUCAGCGGCCAGUGCGCAAUCGAGUGCCCAAAGGGACAUGUCGUCGCCCACGCCAAUGGCCUCACCUACUGCAAAUAA